CCGGCCGGCCCGUUCGUACGUGUCGCAGCUUCAUUGUCUGCCUGUCCCGCACCGUGCACAUGUUGUGUGAAUUUUCGGCAUGUUGAUGUCGUCGUGAAUUAACAAGAUGGACUUUCAGAGUGCAAUGGAGACGUUUGCUGAGGCGUGGGCUGCGGCCAACAAUGUCAAGACGGAAGCUCCUACAGAUUUAGCUCAGAUGGCUGCAAACAUCCAGCAGGCCUACCUAAAGAACCUAUCGGCGGAACUCAGGCGCAGCAAGACGCCCCCGAGACGUUCACCGGAGGAGCGCGCUGUGCCCCGCCCCCCCUCAGCUCCAGUCCAUCAUGAGCGCAUCCAACAUACCCCCCAUCCUCCCCAUACCCCACACCUGUCACCCAAGAAGGAAGCUUUCAACAAUCUCAUGAACAAAGGCACACCAAAUAAAGUGAGGAGGUUGGAUGGUGAUAAAGGCUACUUUUCAGAAGAAUCGACAGUUAAAACGGUGCCGGUACAUUGUGUGGUGGAAGUGGUAUCUUCGCUGGAAGAAGGAGCAUGGAGACGCAGGGCUGUGGUCGAGACAGACAGCUACGUCAUCAUUCCUGUACCAACGCCCUUCCAUGAGUUAGUGCCAACCGCCCUGAUGCGUUUAGGAUACUCUCAUGAAUUGGCUGCUUCUGCUAAAGGAUCAGUAGUCAUAAACAACUGGAAGCCAUUGCCCUUCGAGAGGAUUUCUGAUGUUCCAACAGCUACUGUCGGUGAAGUUCUCGGAGAGUUGUCCACUGUGGCCACUCUUAGGAUCCAACUCCUGAGACCGAGGCCCACACCUCUUCAGGACAUUAAAGACAAACUUUUGAGACUUCUGCUGGUGCAGAGUAGACCGUUGCUUAUGUCUACUGGAUGUCCUUUGGACGAGAUAACUUUAGCUCAGAUUUGUCGUGGCCAAGAACGUGCGCCUGGGCCACACAACCUAUAUGAGCCAUCAGAGGAAAUGAGACGUAAAUUUGAAUCUUGGUGGAGUGCGCAGGUAUCGCCGAGACCGCCACCAUUUAGUCCCCGCCGGUACCCAUCGCCUGGUCCUAAAACUCGUUCGCCAACAAUGAACGCGAUUCCAGACCACUUGCAUCCAGCAUUACAGACUGUACAAAGUCAGUAUCCAACACAAAAGACUAGAAUGCGGACAAGCUUUGAUCCUGAGUUAGAGCUGCCUAAAUUACAGCGUUGGUUUUCUGAAAACCAACAUCCGAGUAGACAGCAAAUACAACAGUAUGUCCGAGAGUUAAACAACUUGGAAUCGAGGCGAGGACGUAAGCCCCUUGAUGUCAACAACGUUGUUUACUGGUUUAAGAACGCGCGUGCUGCACAGAAACGCGCUGAGCUUCGAAAUAUCGGCGGGUUGGGCUGCCAUCUUGGAGUGAACGGUUUCAAUAGUAGAAGUCAUAGCCCGACUAAUGGCUCGUUGAUGGCUGGUAGUGACAACUAUGGAUCUCAAGACCACAAUUCAAUGAAGAGUCCCUUAUUAUCCGGAAGUCCUGGUCGAUACCCGAUGUCUGUUAUGUCUGAAGAUAAUUUAUCCAAUGGUGGAUCCGAUAUGGAAGAUGAUGGUGCUGAUUUAAAUCCUGAUGAUAGGCCGGAGAGCCCAGAUGGGCCUCUCUCGUUGAUAACAACUAAGAAAAAUAACGAUCAUGAGACAGAUGAUAGGCCCGAGGAGUCACCAAAGCCGCCAGAUAUUAUUAAGGUGCAUGACAUAAAACAAGAGCCGAGAGACUUGAGCAAGCCUGACAACGCAGUGUCUCCGCAACGAUCUCCGGCUAAGAAUAGCGACAGCUCGCAUAACAACAAUAGCAGCAACAAUAAUAACAAUGAGGAUGAGAACGGUGUUGGUGAAGACCAUGAGGGCUCUGAUGAAGAUGUUAUGCAGGAGCGACAUUACAGGCCAUCUUCGCCGCACCUUGACCGUCUGCCAUUCCCCAUGGUGCCAAACCACCCCAUGUUUGGUCACGGUAUAAUGUACAUGAGCCAGUACAUGAGUGGCUUUCCUGGCGUCGGAGCAGUUCCAGGAGAAGGCGCCAGUGGCCUCAACUUGGCACUUGCGGGAGCUUCGGACGAGCGUCGCAAACGUAACCGAACAUUCAUUGACCCCGUAUCUGAGGUUCCUGUACUAGAGCAGUGGUUCUCAAUGAACACACAUCCUUCGCACAAUCUGAUACUGAAAUACACUGAGGAGUUGAACAGGAUGCCUUACAGGCAGAAGUUUCCUCGACUGGAGUCAAAGAAUGUGCAAUUUUGGUUCAAGAACCGACGAGCGAAGUGCAAGCGACUGAAGAUGUCGUUGUAUGAGCCAUCGUCUCCGGGCCACUACUCCCAUCCCGGACACCCGCACGCUUUGGCCGAACGGAAGCUGGUGUGAGCUGAUCUGAUCGUGCUCAACUUUAGAAAAAUGUGAGAGAUCUUAGUGUUUGUGUCGUCGCAGCAUACACGAAAGACUGAAAUCGAAACGUUUAAUGGUGUGCAGUGCCAUGUUAGUAUUAAGAUGACAGCGCGUCAUCCUUACUUUAAACAGUUCGUAUUAUUCAGAGGACUUUACUAGUAACUGUGUAGAUUAUAAACCAAUCAUAGUUUUGCUUAAGGUAGACUAGACAUAUUUCAAUGCGAUAUCGUUAUAAGUUUAGAGUAGAAUCAAGUUAUCUGAUAGAUCGAUCACAUCGUAUUGUUAAUUGUGUACAGUUCGUAGUACCAUAAUAUAUUAUGUAUUAACUAUAAAAGGACACGUCACACUUUGUGAAGGAAUCUCAAUAUUGCUAUUAUGUAGUAUGUAUGUACAUAAGAAACUCAAAACUCGGUUUUAUUUAUUAAAUAUUAUACAGUAGUUGUAUAAAUCUGUUGUUAGAAUGUAAUUAAUUGAUAUUCUCAUUAAAAGUUCCACUUAAAUUAUAAUAGCGAGGUCGGAAUAUAGAAUGGUAUUCAAUGUUAUUCUAAUUGUGUACAUUAUUUGUAUAAUUAGUAUUGAGUCAUAGGUAUAAUGAUAUUAUAUUGCACAUAGUAUGCUGGUAUCGAUAUUUCUGAAAUGUUAUUAUCGGUCGGUGUUCAGCGGCCGAAUGGUUACGCACAUUCCGUAUUAUGUAUCUUUUGUUAUAAAAUAAAUGUUAUAAUGUUUCCUCAAUCCAAAGAUCGGUUAGUGUAGUAGUGGUCACGUAAUUAUCUGAUAAUGAAUUAGUCUCCCGUGCUGCUGGGCAGAGCGGGGAGCUCGAGCAGAAACUGAUGCCACCAUAUUAAACCGAAUCGUGCUGAUUACACUACAUCGACUAUUAAGUACAAUAGCUCGGUGGAUGGUAAUGUUCGUGGUUUAUUUGUGCUUUGUAUUUAAUAGCUGGUAACACCGUGGUGCCCAGUAAAGCGGUUUACACCAAACAGUUCGUAUAUUACAGUAUUCACGCAUUUAUCGAUUGAGGCUGUUUCACACCUUCUUGUUUUAUAGUUUUAGAAUCGUCAUAGUUGUAAUGCGGCAGUUUAUUUUGUUGUUUCCAUGUUAUGCUUGUUUUCGUGAAGCUGUGAUGAUAUUUCCAAAUAUUGUAAAUAUUUUAUUAAUGUUAAACAUAAGUUUUAUUGUAAAACUACGUCACUAGGCUCACACGAACAAUUAAAGCAUUACCACUUAGGUAACGAAGAUAUUGGCUAAAUGUUUAUUCGAUUCAAUUAUUAUAUACCUAAACGAAAAUUAAAUUGAAUAUAAUAUUAUGAAAUCAA